CCAAAAGCCAAAAACACCACAACUCUCUCUCUCUUCCUCUCUCACGAACGAUGCAAGACUUGCAUCUCUUCCCGAACGACGUCGUCUGCUUGGACCUCACUCCGCUCCCCCAGACGGCGUCGUCCUCGGGCGGCGGCGGCGGAGGAGGGCUGUCGAUCGACGAGGAGGAGACGGCGGAGGAGAGGAUCCAACGGCUGAUAUCGGAGCAUCCGGUCAUCAUCUUCAGCGGAUUGUCCUGUUGCAUGUGCCACGUCAUGAAGAAGCUCCUCGCCACCAUCGGAGUUUGCCCCACCGUCAUCGAGCUCGACGACGGCGAGAUCUCCGCCCUCUCCGGCGUCUCCUCCGCCGCACCCGCCGUCUUCAUCGGCGGAGACUGCGUCGGAGGUCUCGAGUCACUUGUCGCCCUUCAUCUGAGCGGCCAUCUUGUCCCCAAGCUCGUCGAAGUUGGUGCUCUUUGGGUACAAUCGUAAUUUCACCUCUUUCUCGAUCCUCUUUUUUUUUUUUCUUUGGGUUAUAUUAUAUUCCCUUUGUUAUAAUGUUGUAAGAUGAAUUAUAGCGCUGUAGUGUUGAUCAAAAGAAAAAAAAAAAUUAGGGUUUCUCUUUCAAUGCUCGCGAAAGGAAAAAUAUGAUCGAAUAUGCCCUAUGGAUAAUUAACCGAUCCACGGAAAUAUGUAUCUGUGUGUGUAUAUAUAUAAUUCACGUCUCAUUUUCUA